AGCCCUCCUCUCCUGCCAGGCUGGGGUGUGGGGAGCAGGGGCUCCUGUCCCAGCUCACCCUGCGUGUGAGGAAGGCAUUGCCUGCCUCUGCUCUGAGUGGGCAAAGGAGAGGAAAUUUUAAUAAGAAAGAGAAGGAGUUCAAGUCUAUCUGUAAUAGUCAGAUAUUGAGGAUUUAUGCUAUUACAGGCUACACAGAGCCUUAAACUUGCAAAAGGGAUUUGUGAGCAGCCUGCUUGUCAAGAACAAAUACUAGUCAAAAGAAAUGUGUGACUUAUUGACCUUGGGUUCACUGAACCUUCAUCUUGAUGCUUCCGUACCUCUAAGGAAUCAGCUCCUCUGGAAAUUAAAGUUCCCAGAUUAGAAUAGAAGCUUCAACAAAGGACCUGUGUGGCUUUACAAAUACACAUCGAUUAGAGGACUUUGGAAGAGCUUUGUUAGAAAAGUGGAAUUAUGAAAAGCAAAUGUUUGAGAGAUUUGGUGCAGAGUAACAGCUGUACCUUCCCUCUGGUGUGCUGGGUGACUCCUCUACCUCAUGACCCCAGUUGUCUGUGGGCAAACACACAAAUGGACAAGAGGAGGAGGGAGCUGUGCCCUGCUUGGGCAGUGUCUGCACAGCUCUGGGGAGGCUGUGGAGGAUGCAGGCAGUGUGCAUUACUCCCUGGAAAGGAUCCUGCAGCAUCAGCUCCCUCCGUGCUCCAGACAGAUGAUAACUGGCCACGUGCAUGGCAGAGUAAUUGUGUGGGGUGCAGGACUCUACUUGUUAAACCCAUGGACAUGAAGCUCACCAGGAAACUGUCUCAGGUUUGGCCAGGAGUUUUAGGUGAAUUCCAAAUGUCAUUAGGAGGAUUUAUGGGCUUGUGUUUGAUGAACAAUGUGCUUUAUUUCCUUUCUAUUCUUUGGCUUAUGAAUAUGAAAGAUUAUCUAGCUGAUGAGGCCACUGAUAUUUUAGUAUACAGAACAAAGUUGGGAUGCUCUGAGUAUUCAUAAAUGUAAUCAAGGAGAAUUAUCCAGAUGUCCUGUGUCAUUUGGGAAUUAAAACUAAGUACAAAUAAUAAAAUCAAUACAUUCUAG